AUGAGCAAGGAGUUAGCUGAGAAGCUGCUGCAAUGCAUUGAUCACGAGCAGCAGCAGGAUGUUGAAAUCACCUCUCGUUUGUUGAAAGAGUUACCACUGUCGAAAUUAGUGUCUGCUGGGUUGGCCGUAAACCAUUUGCAGUUGGAAAAUGUCAGAACAGGUCUUGGGGGUAAAGUAUAUCUGGAUCUAACGCCUGAUCCUGCCAUUGACAAUGUAAUCUCAGUGGGAGAAACCAGUGUUGGUGAUAUAGUUAAGAUAUACUCGUCAAAAAGUGUUGGUAAGAAAGAUGAGGCAGCAGCUUUGGAAGGCGUAGUGUUCAAAUCCAACGACAAACAGAUUGUAGUUUCUGUCGAUGAAUCAAAGGAGAGCGAUGCUUUCAAGCUUUACGAGGCCAGUAAAUUGUAUUUGGUGAAAACAGCCAAUUCCAUCACUUAUAAGCGAAUGCAAUCUACCAUGCGUAAAUUGGCAGAGAUUGAGGGUACUCCGAAUAAUUCGAUUAUACAGUAUCUACUCUGCCAGAGACAAUUUGUAGAGCAGAAAGAUAGCAUUGAGAUAUCAUUCCAUAAUCAAAAUUUAAAUGAUUCCCAGAAGAAGGCUAUUAAAUUUGCACUUCAAAAUGAAAUCUCAAUUAUCCAUGGUCCACCAGGAACUGGGAAAACCUAUACCCUAGUGGAGUUGAUUAUGCAGUUGGUCAAGCAAGGACAACGUAUUUUAAUAUGUGGGCCAUCAAAUAUAUCAGUGGAUACUAUUUUAGAAAGACUCGCCAAAGUGAUUCCUGGAAAUUUGUUGUUACGGUUCGGCCAUCCUGCAAGAUUGUUACCGUCCACCUUGGCACAUUCCAUAGAUGUGAUUUCCAAGUCGGGGGAUGCAGGUUCUAUUAUACGCGAUAUAAACCAAGAAAUAAACAACCAUUUGUUGCAAAUCAAGAAAUUUAAGUCCUAUAGAGAUCGGAAGAAAGCUUGGCAGGAAAUAAAAGAUCUCAGGAAAGAAUUGAAACAGCGAGAGCGUCGAGUUAUCUCUGAGUUAAUAUUAGCAGCAAAAGUUGUUGUUUGUACAUUGCAUGGAUCUAGCUCAGGAAAUUUAUGUAGGGUUUAUGAUUUUGAACCCAAAUUGUUCAACACUUUGAUCAUUGAUGAAGUGUCUCAGAGUCUGGAACCACAAUGCUGGAUUCCACUAAUAUCCCAUUAUAAAUCGAACAUCUCAAAACUUGUAAUCGCUGGAGAUAAUAAGCAGCUGCCGCCCACGAUAAAAACAGAAGAUGAUGAGAAAGUGAAGAAGAUAUUGGGAACUACAAUAUUUGAUAAGCUUGAAAACCAUUAUGGGAAUGAUUUCAAGAAACUGUUAAAUGUUCAGUAUCGUAUGAAUGAACAAAUUAUGGAGUUUCCAUCCCACCAACUUUACAAAGAUGAGUUAAUUGCUGCUGAGGCCGUAGCAAAAAUAACGUUAGCCGAUCUUCCAGGUGUUGAAGUUGACGACAAUACUAGUGUUCCAUUGCUUUGGUUUGACACACAGGGAGAUGACUUUCUAGAAAAAUCGGAGGAAGUAAAUGGUGUUCUGGAUAUAGCAUCUUCAAAAUACAAUGAAAACGAAGCAUACCUUUUAAUUCAUUACGUAUCCCAGCUACUCAAUAGUAACGUUUCACAAGAGUCUAUUGGGAUCAUAUCACCGUAUAAUGCCCAAGUAUCAUUGCUAAGAAAACUGGUCCAUGAAAAGUAUUCAUUAAUUGAGAUUUCCUCAGUAGACGGAUUUCAAGGUAGGGAAAAGGACUGUAUUAUUCUUUCUUUAGUUAGAAGCAACGAUUUAUUUGAAGUCGGGUUUUUGAGAGAUGAGCGGCGGCUGAAUGUUGCCAUGACCAGAGCAAAGAGACAGUUAUGCGUGAUUGGAAAUAUGGAAACUUUAGAAAGAAGUCAGGUUCCCUUUCUAAAGGAAUGGGUUAGAUGGUCAGAGGAAAAUAGUGAGAUAAGAUACCCGGACCUAAGUGAUUUUCUAUAA